CCGGUGCACCAGACUCAAAUAAAAUCUUGCUAUCGCAAAGUAAGUACACGUAAUCGUAUCGUUGUGUGGUUGAUUUCGUCCUUUUUUAGUGGUAAACAGUGAUGUAGAUGUCUGUGAAAUAGGCUAAACGAAGAAGACAUAUGUCGACGUGGAACUGAGGAAAUAAUACACACAGGUUCUAAACAGUCACGGUAGUCACGAAAGUCGUGCUGAUCUCCAAGAUGGCGUAUCAGACUUUUCAACAGGAGUACCUGCAAACACCAGCGAUCACCAGGGCCUACUGCACAUCAUGUGUGCUGACUACACUAGCUGUGCAACUGGACAUCAUCACACCAUUUCAGCUGUACUUCAACCCAGAUCUCAUAUUCAACCAUUAUCAGGUUUGGAGACUGGUCACCAAUUUCCUCUUCUUCGGACCGAUUGGCUUCAACUUUUUAUUCAACAUGAUCUUCACGUAUCGCUACUGUCGCAUGCUGGAGGAGGGGUCGUUCAGGGGUCGCACGGCAGAUUUCUUCUUCAUGUUCUUCUUAGGGGGUCUGAUCAUGACUAUUAUUUCCUUCUUUGUCAACCUGGUGUUUCUUGGCCAAGCGUUUACGAUAAUGCUGGUGUAUGUCUGGAGUCGUAGGAACCCUUACGUCCGCAUGAACUUCCUGGGCCUGAUGAAUUUCCAGGCCCCUCAUCUACCCUGGGUGCUGCUUGGUUUCUCCCUGCUACUAGGGAACUCCAUCAUUGUCGACUUCAUCGGCAUUGCUGUUGGUCAUGUUUACUUCUUCCUUGAAGAUGUUUUCCCCCAGCAACAAGGCGGCUUCAAAAUCCUCAGAACACCGGGAAUUUUGAAAAUGAUCUUCGAUUCAAACCCAGAAGAUCCAAACUACAACCCCUUACCGGAGGAGGAGAGGCCAGGGGGGUUUGACUGGGGUGGGGAGGGCGCCAGACCGGAGGACGCACCGGGCGACAGACCCCAGGACGGACAAGGUGACAACCAAAACCAGAACCAGUGAAGCGGAACAAGCAACUGAAACAAAAAGGCCAGGCAGUAAAAGCUAGUCCAAAAGCACAGAGAUUCCAUUCAAAUGAAUCAGAAUGGCUGAUCACUGGAAGUCUUUUCAUGCAUCUGGUGUUCACAGUGGGCUAGACUUAGCCUGUUAUGGGGUAAUCCUAUACAACAGCACUGCCCGGUUCUCUUCACCAGCCAAUACCAGGCUGUCACAAGUGACAGUCAGUCAGACACAAAGAAGACUAAAGUCUUGCCUUCUCUGGGACGAGCAAAACUGCAUUUCUUUGGAAGCUGAAUACAUGUACAUGGACAUUUUAAAGCAUUUUUGUUAGGAGAAUCUUGCAGCUGUAUUUUAGAACUUGCUAGUAGUUGGGGAAAAGCAGCUAUCAUAAAAACUGAAAAGUGAGCAAUGAAUUCAGAAAUCUAACAUGUCUCGAAUGAUGCCAGUUUUUCUGUUAAACCAGAGCGGAUAGGUUGAGGGGGACAUUUUUUUAAGGAGGAAGGUAGAAUGCCGUGAAAAAAGUGGAUCAUUUGGGAAAAUAGGGUAAGGUUAAGCUAUUGGUGUAGAAGAUGCAGUAAUUUCAUCUUGAAUUCAGCGUUGAAAUGCUCGCCUGACCAGAAAUGUUGUUGAGCACAUGUUUCUGUGGGAAUGCCCUUUUUUUUCUUUACUGUCAAGAAUGUUGACAUGAAGUCAAAGUUGUAAAAAAGAUGCCUUUAUAUAUGGAAAAUAAAAAAAAUACUUUUUCACAAUCAAGGAAUGUGGGAUUUAGAUUUAAUUUUGUGCUUAAAAAGAUGAUGGUGAUCGGUUUGCUGCCAUCUAUUGGUAAAAAAUAGUCAUGUCCAAUUUACUAUUUACAUUUACAAAGAGAUUUUUCAUGUUUUUUCUUUUACAGAAAUAUUCUAUUUUUGGUGGUCGUUUUCCGAUUUCAAGUCAAACUUUUUGGCAAUUUGCUUUUUCCAUUGUCAAAAUUGUAGUUUUCCUUGAAGCAUAAUAUUAUUUUUCUUGAGGUGGGCAACACUGGGAGUUUUCAAACAACAAAGUUAAAAAUAUUAAACUGAUAAACUGUUUGUAGAAUAAUUUGUAUGUAAUUAAAUAUAUUUAUCUUCAAGUUUGUAUUACUCUUUAUUUUGUUUUGUUUUUCCCACUAAAUGUGCCUGUUUACUUUA